AUGGGUUCCAGUAACUACCGCGGAGGAUCCCAGAGGUUGAAAGACUUGGCGCAACAGCUUAGUAUCUACAAGCCUCUUCGCCCUCUAAACGACACCAAAAACAAGAAUCCCAAUGAAGAGCCAACAAUUCGAGACACAUCAGAUAAGUUGUUUCCCGAAGAAUUCGAUUCGAACACCGAAUCUGCGACAAACCCAAUUGCGAACCAAUCUGAAAGAUUGAGAUCCAACAGAGCCGCAGUUCUGAUCUGCAUCUUCGAAGGCGAAAAUGGUGAUCUUCGUGUAAUUCUCACCAAGCGAUCUUCAACACUUUCGUCUCACUCUGGAGAUGUUUCGUUGCCUGGUGGGAAGACAGAGAAAGGCGAUGUUGAUGACAUUGAGACGGCGUUGAGGGAAGCUAAGGAGGAGAUAGGGUUGGACCCUUCACUUGUCAAUGUUGUUACUGUUCUUCAACCCUUUAUAACCAAGCGUGGUAUGACGGUAGUUCCUGUGAUGGGCAUACUUUAUGAUAAGCAAGCAUUCAAACCUGUUCCAAAUGCUGCAGAAGUGGAAGCCAUUUUCGAAGCUCCAUUAGAAAUGUUUCUCAAGGAUGAAAAUCGAAGAGCAGAAGAGAGAGAAUGGCUGGGGGACAAGUAUCUGCUCCAUUUCUUCGAUUAUGAAGCAGAGAAUAAGAAGUAUGUCAUAUGGGCCUUAACUGCUGGAAUUUUAAUCCAGGCUGCAUCAAUAGUGUACCAGCGGUCACCAGAAUUUCAAGAGCAGAAGCCUAAAUUUUGGAACAGAAGUGGCCUCUGAUCAUCCUGAAGCCACGAAUCCAGAGGCCGAUUCUAAUCACCUAUGCAACAUGAUUCUAAUCAGCAUCAACUGGAGGUUUUUUCGGGCAGAAUACCUAAAUAUUGAAAUAUUUCAGCCAUUUGAUUGGUGUUAGGAUCAGAAGAUGUUAGUGAAAUCAAAUUGGAAUCUUUACAAACAUGACCAAUGCAAACACUGUUGAACAUUCUACCUGCUAGUAAAGCUUGUUAUGAAACUGGAUGCAACUCUGCCCAGAGCAAGAACACUGUUUUUCACCUCUUAAAAG